AUGAAAUCAUCUAUCUUUAUCCUUCUUGUUGUUCUCGUUGCUUUAGUUUCUCUUGACUUUAUCGAAGCCCAAAAAGAAAAACCUAAUAAAUAUAAAACUCCUCCACCAGCUGGUAUCUGUAAAAAAUUCCCCAUAAAAGCUAAUGGAAAACAAAACCCAAAAGGACAAUGCUCAAGUCAACUUCUAGGUGAAGUACCAGGAGUUUCAAAAAUGGUUUCCACUAUCAUUACGCUUCCUCCAAAUGGUGCCAAAAUCCCUGCCAAAAAAAGUUUCAAAAUUAGAGUUCUGGUUUCCAACUUACAAACUGGUUUCUUCUCUGACCCUGAGACUGAUUACUACGACGUACCCCAAACACUUACAAAAGCUGGAGUUAUCCAGGGACAUGCUCACGUUACCGUUCAAAAAUUGAUUGGAAAAGGAGUUCCUGAUCCAACUAAAUUUGACUUUUUCCAAGGUUUAAAUGAACGAGCUGAUAGUAAAGGAGGAUUAGAAGCAAUAGUUCCAGGAAAUUUAACCAAAGGUCUUUAUCGUCUUUGCACGAUGGUUGCAUCAGAAAGUCAUCAACCUGUUGUUAUGCCUGUUGCUAAACGUGGAUCUCAAGAUGAUUGCAUCCGUUUCUCAAUCGUUUAA